CCCCAGUGUUAAUAGGUGACCGGAGCCAACCUACCCAAACUUUUUCUUUAAUUAAAACUAAAACAACGUGAAAGACAGGAACUUUUGAAAGCGACAUCAAUGUGCAUAACCUCCAUUAAUUUGUGUUCACCAAACAAACCUUUCAAAUUUUAUCCAAAAUAGGACACACCCAAAUAAAACAAACAGAGAAAAACAGUAAUACAAUUUUUCAAUUAUAGAAGUAUAGUUGUAUGAUAAACAACUAUUAGUUUGCGUACUCGUUUGUCUCACUGCAUUAUUUUACUCCAUAAUUCUUAUCUUCUACUCUACAAUUUUGGGUUUUAUUGCUAAAAUUGCCCUUCAAUUUCUGGCCUAACUCCGACCAUUUUUGGGUUUGGCAACAGAUUGAUUUGUUUUUCUCCAUUUUAGUCACUUGGAUACCAAAAAAAUUUCACUUCUGUUCUCAAAACCCUUAUUUUCAAAUAAUUAAGAUAUUUUUGAUCGUUUUUACACGUGAAUUACUAAAUCGCAGAUAUUAAAAUCAAAACCCAAAUCGUGUUUUUCUUGUAUUGAUUUCUUCAACAUCAAAAAAGAUUGGAUUUUGUUCUAUAAAAAUAAUAAAGAUUUGAUUUUGAUCUCUUCUAUUCCUCCAAUAAAGUUGAGGUUUUAAGGGUUUCUAUUUCUAGGAAGAAAAAAAAUGACAAUUGGUAAUAUGGAGUCUAAAAGAGGGAGGAAAACAAGAAAAGGGAAGCAAAUCCCGAAUGAAAAUGCCCCUUUACUACCCACCAAAAGACAUGAUGAAUCUGGGUUUGAUGAAUUUGAUGGUGCUUCAUUUUCUGGGGCAGUUUUUAAUUUGUCAACUACUAUUAUUGGUGCUGGAAUUAUGGCUCUACCAGCUACUAUGAAGAUUUUAGGCCUUGGUCUUGGGAUUUUUAUGAUCAUUUUUAUGGCUUUUUUGACUGAGAGAUCAAUUGAUAUGCUGCUGAAAUUUAGUAGGGCAGGAAAAUCUUCAUCUUAUGGUGAUGUUAUGGGAGAUGCUUUUGGAAAAGUUGGUAGAAUUUUGCUGCAAGUUUCUGUUUUAGUUAAUAAUAUUGGUGUUCUUAUAGUUUACAUGAUUAUCAUAGGUGAUGUGCUAUCAGGAACAUCUUCCAGUGGAACUCACCAUGCUGGUGUAUUGGAAGGUUGGUUUGGAGAUCAUUGGUGGAAUGGCCGGUUCUUUGUUCUUCUUAUCACAACUAUUUGUGUGUUUGCUCCUUUGGCUUGCUUCAAGCGCAUUGAUUCUUUAAGAUAUACAUCUGCAUUAUCAGUUGGACUGGCUGUUGUAUUUCUUGUAAUUAUGGCCGGAAUUGCCGUUAUCAAAUUGAUAAGCGGAACUGUGAUGAUGCCAAGAUUACUUCCUGACAUUACUGAUUUGAACUCGUUUUGGAAACUCUUCACUGUCGUACCUGUUCUUGUCACAGCAUAUAUUUGUCACUACAAUGUUCACUCAAUAGACAAUGAACUCGAGGAUUCUAGCCAAAUCAAACCUGUUGUUCGAGCAGCGCUUGGUCUCUGUUCUUCUGUGUACGUAAUGACAAGUUUAUUCGGGUUUCUUCUGUUCGGGGAUGGAACUCUGGAUGAUGUCCUUGCAAAUUUUGAUACUGACCUUGGAAUACCAUAUGGUGCCGUUCUGAAUGAUGCUGUUCGUGUCAGUUAUGCUGCACACCUGAUGCUUGUUUUCCCGAUUGUAUUUUACCCAUUGAGGCUCAAUAUGGACGGCCUUUGCUUCCCCUCAUCAGAGCCUUUGGUUAACAGCAAUAAGAGAUUUUCACUGAUUACCACGGUGCUUAUGGUUCUCAUAUUCCUUGGAGCAACUUUCAUACCGAGCAUCUGGGAUGCUUUUCAAUUCACUGGAGCAACCGCUGCAGUUUGUCUUGGAUUCAUCUUUCCCGCUUCGAUUACCUUAAAGGAUCGGUAUGCCAUUUCCGCAAGCAAAGAAAGAUACCUUGCCAUUCUGAUGAUUGUACUUGCAGUGUUCUCAAACGCAGUGGCGAUAUACAGUGAUGCCUAUGCAUUAAUCAAGAAAAAUUCCGUAGCCAGUGAAAAGUGAAAAGACGGUAAAUGCUCCAUUGAAGUUAAACCCAAUCGCACAGCGGAGCAAAGACUGCCCUUUGUCGGAAAGGCAUGUAGAUGGGUUGAUUUUAUGGAAUGAGAAUCGAGACUGGAGACCGGAGAGGUUCAAUAAGAGCACAUGUGGCUCAGUAUGUAAACAGGGAGUUGCCUUUGUACAACUCUCUACUUGUGUCUAUUCUACCAGUGUUGGUUGUUAGUAAAACAGUUAGGAUUAUGUUUAUAUAUAGUUUGUCAAACUGUUUAAUUUAUAUUCUACCUCAACUACUCUUUUAAGUAUAUAUUAGAUUAUAAUAGAAGUAAAUAUACAAACAUUUGUAUUGAAACUUGAAGUUGUUGUUUCUUUCUUGUGGGAGACGGUCUCUCGGUGAAACGACCAUUUAACAAGAAGUUUAUAUGCUAGUAAUUUGUAUUAUUAGGUCAUAUGUGUUUUUGUUUUAUAAGAAUUUGUGUUCUCUGUUUUUAUAAGAAUUUGUGAGACAGUUUCAUAAGGAUUUGUGUUCUUUGUUUUUAGUCCAAAUAUAUUUUUUAUCUU